AUGGCACCUACGACGACGACGCCGACAUGGCCGACGCGGCCCCACGACGAUGACGACGACGAUGAAGGCACGGCGUCGCCAUUCUCGCCCAUGAGCCCGACGAUGGUUGCUAGGUCCCAGGACGCCGAUGACGAUAUGGGGUCGCUGCCCCAUGAUGACGACGACGAUGAUGCUGAAGUGGCGUCGUUGUCGAGCCCGCCGAGUCCGAAUGUCGCCACCCGGUCGCUGCUCAAGGACGACGAUACCAACGACGACGACGACGACAACGUACAGCUGUAG